UCAUACACCAUAUCCAUCUGUAGCUCUGCUCGGCUUCUCAGAUGGCGGAGGGCGUGGUGGCGUUGCUGAUUGGCAAGCUCGGCUUUGCCUUGGCAAAAGAGGCAGCGACCUUGGGCGCAUCGCUGCUGUGCAAGGAGGCAUCUGCGCUCAACGGCCUCUUCUGCGAGAUCCGUGAGGCCAAGGAGGAGCUGGAGAGCAUGCAGGCGUACCUCCAGGGGGCUGAGCGAUUCAAGGACACCGACGAGACCACCGGCAUCUUCGUCAACAAGAUCAGAGGCUUCGCCUUCGAGAUCGAGGAUGUGGUCGACGAGUUCACCUACAAGCUGGAAGACACCCAUGGGGGAUUCGCCACGAAGAUGAAGAAGAGGGUCAAGCACAUCAAGGCAUGGCGCCGUUUGACACUCAAGCUCCAAGAUAUCAAGGGCAGGCUUCAAGGCGCAGACAGGAGAAAGGUCCGUUACGACAUGAAGGGGGUUGACAGAGAGGGCUUGAACAAUGUUCAGUCAAGAUCUGCUGGCCAAUCUCUGAAUCUUGCGAGGGAAGAGGAUCUUGUUGGGAUUGAAAAAAACAAGGGCAAGCUGAUGCACUGGCUGGUGGGUGAUCUGGAGGAACCAGGGUGCAAAAUUGCAACUAUUUGGGGAAUGGGAGGUGUGGGUAAGACCACUUUGGUUCAUCAUCUAUACAAGGCCGUCAAGACAAACUUCAGUAUUUCUGCCUGGAUAACUGUAUCAAGUAGCUGCCAAGUUGAAGAAUUGUUGAAACAAAUCGCAAGUCAACUCGGCGUCGCAAUUGGUGCCGCCAACACAAACAGGGACCUGGUUGAGGUAAUCUGUAACUGUCUGCAAGGUUCAAAAUAUCUCAUAGUUUUGGAUGAUGUUUGGAAUGUGGAUCUCUGGUUUAAGAUAAGGAAUGCAUUUCCUACAGAAAGCACAGGUCGAUUUGUUAUCACCACUAGAAUACAGGAGGUGGCAUUGCUGGCAACUAAAAACUGUACAAUCAAACUGGAACCAUUACAGAUAUGGUAUGCGUGGCAGUUAUUCUGCAACGAAGCCUUCUGGAACAAUGUGAAGAAAACAUGCCCAGAUGAUCUGAAAAAUCUAGCUCAUCAGUUUCUGGGUAAGUGUGGUGGUUUGCCCAUUGCUAUUGCUUGUGUAGGCCGCUUGUUGUCAUGCAGGCAUCCAACUUACUCUCAGUGGGAAUGUUUAUACAAGGAGCUAGAGUUGCAGCUCAGUAAUAAUGUGAUACUCAAUGUUAAUAUAGUUCUGAAAGUCAGCUUGGAGGACCUUCCAACUCAUCUGAAGAACUGUUUUCUCCACUGCACAAUAUUUCCAGAGGGCUGUCAAUUUGGAAGGAAAAGAUUAAUAAGGCAUUGGAUCGCAGCUGGAUUCAUUAAAGAAGCAGGGAGCAAAACAUUGGAGGAAGUGGCAGAGGGCUACCUGAACGAACUUGUAAACAGAAGCCUACUGCAGGUGGUUGAGCAGAAUUGCUGUGGCCGAGUUCGCAGGUGCCGAAUGCAUGACAUUAUCCGUGUUCUUGCUCUCGCUAAAUCAGAAGAAGAAUCCUUUUGUCAAUUUUACAAUGGCUCAAGGCCUUUUUCGACCGAAAACACGCGCCGUCUGUCAAUUCAGAAUACAAACAUGGAACAACCGACUCCAUUGUUGUGUGCAACAAGUCUCCGCUCUCUGCAUGUUUUCAACAGUCAUCUGAGAACUGAUUCUCUAGAGGCUUUCCUCAAACCGUUCAACUUGCUGUCAACAUUGGACCUGCAAGGAGUUCAAAUCAAGAGACUACCGAAGACUGUUUUCAACUUGUUUAAUCUGCGCUUUCUAGGUCUUCGAGAUACUCAAAUUGAAUAUCUCCCAAAAGAAAUAGGAAGGUUACAGAACCUGGAAGUCCUUGAUGCUUACAAUGCUAUGCUGUCGGUGCUUCCAGUGGAAGUAGCCACCCUUCGGAAAUUGAAAUAUCUCUAUGUGCUUACUAUCCCAUCUGGAGCUAAUGAGAGAGUUCUUACUUUUGAUGGGAUCCAGGUGCCCAAGUGUAUCGGUAAUUUGACCGACUUGCUGGCCCUGCAACUUAUCGAAGCCAACAGUGAGGUUCUGUGUCAGCUAGGAUGUUUGACCAAUUUAAGAACUUUUGCUAUUGCUAAAGUUAGGAGUGGCCAUUGUGUAGAUUUGUGUUGGGCGAUCACGAAAAUGGUUCAUCUUGUUCAUAUAACAAUCCUUGCACUUGAUCAAAGGGAAGUCCUGCAGCUGGAAGCACUUUGCUUACCACCAACUAUUUCGAAAGUUGAUAUAUCAGCGCAGCUGGACAAAACAAUUCUACCUCAGUUCAUCUCGUCCAUUUCAAAACUUAUUAACCUCACUUAUUUAACUUUAUGCUGGUCCAAAUUACAUGAAGACUCUUUUGCGUGCCUCUUGGGUUUGCAUGGCUUAGUGACGCUUCACCUUAGCAAGGCUUAUGAAGGAAAGGAUCUGCACUUCCACGCAACAUCACUUCCAAAACUCAAGAUACUAGGCAUAUGGGAUGCUCCGAAUCUCAGCAGAGUCAUAAUUGAAAAAGGUGCAAUGCCGAAUAUCGUCGACCUAUUUCUAAGAGACUGUCCAGAACUGAAGGAUCUUCCUCACGGCAUCGAGCAUCUUAGAACCCUCGAGUACCUGCUGCUGCGCGAUAUUUCUGAGGAGCUGUCACAGAAGCUUCAGCGAAAUGAGGAAUCAAAGGAAUACAGUGAAGAUUGGAUAAAAAUUAGCCAUGUGAGACGAGUUGAUGUACUUUAGGUGUAAUGAAGUACAACAGAGUGAGUGCGGGCAGGGGUUGCUAGUUAGAAAUGCAAAGGUUUUUUGUAGCGUGCUGUGUUUUCAGUUUUAAAUGGUGAAGCCGCUUGUCCUUUAUUAGUGUUUUGAUCUUUGUUGGGGAUGCCGAAAGCACGCACGCAUGGAUGUAAUGUUCCUUUUUUUCCAUCAACAAACAUGUAUGUGAACGCUGCA